AAGUGCAUUCGAUGGUGUGUAAAAAUAAAAGUGGAUAAAUACUAUGAAACGAAGAGAAUAUUGAAUAAGAAUGAGAAGGGGUGGAUAAUUGAAUUUGAGAUUUGACAUUUUUAAAAAUAAAAUAAAAAAAACACUUUUGCAUGUAAUACAUGCGAUUUUCCUAGUGGGGAAUUUGGGAUUCCAAUUGAGGAAUUAAUGUUUGUGUUUUUUCCAAGUGAGGGAAACCACCCGAUUUUUCUCGAGGAGCCUCUUAAUUAUUCCAUAUAAUGGAGUCAAUGGCCCCCACAAUUCUCAUUAUUACUCCAAUUUGCCAUCCCAUCUUCCACUUCUUAUUUUAUCUUCUUUUUUGCAGUUGUUGUCCUCUUUCACUUUGGCCCGUCUCCUCUUUGCAUAUACUCUGUACAAAGAUUUUGAUAUGUAAGCAUUUGGAGUUUUUCCCAUGAAGUGCUCCACUGAUCAAGGAUAGAAGUGGGUCCCCCCAGAAGCAAUGUACUCCACCAUCUUCGCUUUGAGUGAAUAAACCACGAGAGUAUUGGGAACAAAAUGUUUGAACCACACAUAUUCCAUAGUUCAAAAUGAUGGUUCCUCUUUGUCUUUUCCACUUGUAACUUAACUCGCCUUGUUUAUGCCACUAGUUCAGGUAGUGUUUCCCAUCAACCACCACUUGUGUAUACGGUGGUUUUUCUGAUAGCGGAGAUCGGCAGCUGCAAACCGUGACUCCACUUACUAAUUAUAAGUGGUUUUAUUUUCCUUUUACAACUAAGAAGAUUGCAGCGACAGAGGGUCAAGCUCCAAUAUUAGGUCCGUCAAUGGCGGUUGUCCGUAGAGGCAGCAUCCGAAUUGAAAGUGGACUUGAACAUCGGUGGUGGACGUCUCCAAUCGGGGGAAAGAGACCGAUGAUAGAUGGUCGACCUAGACCAUGUGGGCAAUCGACAUGUCCUCUAGUGCUGCUUCAUCCAAGCAAAAAAUUGAUCAGAUCUGGAAAGGAUCCUCCCCAGGCCAUCGCGUAAAGUCCCGGAAACAGCAGCGGCAUAUUGAUGCAGUCACGGUGGUGAAGGGCUUCAGCAUCCCACAUCUGUGACGGUGGCUUUAGUGAUACGAUGUUGGCGGAUUGGAGCAACCCGAUAACAGCAAAUCUAAACUUCAAGGGUAGAAACCAUCCAUGGUCGCGGCUGAAUUCAAUUUGCCCAGAGCAUAUGAGCAACCGUGGUGAUAUACUCUGGCCAUACUAAUUGAAUUUCGGCAGUGGUGAUGGUUUGCUUCCAGUGGUGGGGAUGUCCCCAAAUCUUUGUAGUGGCGUCGGGGGGUCUGAGCAGCGGUGAGGAGGAUCUUCAGAUCCGCUGCGCAAUUCCACACCAUCCCAACAAACAUCUCCCUCUCGCCAGGAACGGUGGUGGCGCUGGCUUUAACGGCGAGCCGGUGAUGGCGCGACUCACCUGGGGACGAAGUGGGCUACGACUAGGGAUGGCGGCAAAGAUCAAGUUCUUCGAUGGUGACGACGAUUUUGGUGAUACGGCUGGACCAAUUGGGGGAGGCCGGCAACUCAUGCAAUAUUUGUGGGGCGGCGACUCCUCUUUGCCAUUUUGGAUUUUGAAGGAAAGCCCCCAAUUUUUCCCCUUUUCUUCCCUUACCUUCUUCGUUCCUUCCCCACUUACCCAGCAUCUCUCUUCUUCUCUCUUUUUUUUUUUUUUUGAAUAGACUGCUCUCUCCCUUUUUUUUUUUGCCCACUUUGUGUGGUAAGAGAAAAAAUUGGCCGAACAAAAAAACACAACUUUUUUGUUCGAAUCCCACGGUCAGCGCCAAAAUGAUGGUGUAAAUUAUCGACCGGUAUAUCGUUUUUAGCCCGGCAAAAAUGAUAAACUAGUCUAAAAAUACACCAAAAUAUAAACACGAGGAUUUUUACGUGGAAACCCAAAUCGGGAGAAAAUCACGGGCCUUUUUUGGCGGUACCUUGCCAACGGGGAAUUUUUAUUAAUAUCAGGGGUGUGUACAUGGUACAUGAAAUGGGCUCGGAAGCCAUUAAUGGAGCAUUUGAGCUCUUGAAGAAGAAGAAAAAUAUACUAUCUAG